AUGACUGUCCGUCGACGGUUCGCCGCCCUCUUGUCGAGUGGCAUCCUUCUCGUUCUACUCCCGAGCUUCAUUGCCGAUGCUAUCCAACCAGAGCGUCGCCGGAAGCCUUCGAAGCUACAUCCGACCUCCUAUCUCGACGGCCUCCGCGGCCUUGCUGCAUGCUCUGUGUUUGCAUAUCAUUACACGGACUACAACCACAAGUUUUUCCUCCCCGCUUACGGCUCGAACCCUCCCGACCAGGGCUCUUCCAUCCUACAAUUGCCCUACAUCCGUAUUGUCUACGCUGGCACGCCUAUGGUGCACAUCUUCUUCGUCAUCUCCGGCUUUGCCCUUGCCUACCGACCAUUGAAAUGCCUAUAUGAGCAGAGAUCACCAGCAUCCCCCUCUCAUCCACAUAGCCCUCGGUCAGGCGCCAUUGCGAAAUGUCAUGCCGUGCUUGCAUCGUCUGCCUUCCGUCGUCCCAUUCGAUUGUUCGGUCCGCCGUUAGUGUUGACGCUCACGGAUGUGAUCCUUGUUCGACUUGGAUUCAUGAACAACUUCAUACACCCAGAGCCGAGCCUAUGGGCACAGAUGACAAAAUGGGCUGAAGAUGCUGUUGCGAACCUGACAUGGCCUUGGGGUUGGGAUGAUAGAUCGCCGCAUUCAAAGUACAACCCACACUUGUGGACCAUUCCGAUCGAGUUCACCCACUCAAUGCUUCUGUUCUUGGUAUUGUUGGCUAUAUCUCGGCUCCGAAGUCCCGCUCUUCGACAAACAGUGCUGGCGCUGUGCAUGGCAUACAUGUUUUUGCUGUGUGGUCGGUGGGCAAGUUUUGAAUUUCUGGCGGGCGCGCUGCUCGCUGACUUCCACAUCAGCAAGGAGAGCACGCAAACCGUAGACCAUCAUGAUGGAAGCCAGGGACACGGAGGCAAAUCUCCAAAGGACGGUAUCUCCUUCUUCGUGGAGCGUGUCGCCCCUUUGAUCGUCCUAGCGGCCGCAGGGUACAUCAUUUCGCUGCCGUCCAGGCCCGGUGAUAUCACACCCAGCUAUGUCUGGCUUAUGUUGCAUGUACCGUCGCAGUAUGCGCCGGAUCGUGCCCACGCCUUUUGGUACGCACUGGCGGCGUUUGGCAUUGUAUGGGCGUGCGCUCGCGUGCUAGCAAUUCGCCGGGUGCUCGAAAGUGGCCCGGCGCAGUACGCUGGCCGCAUCAGCUUCGCGUUUUACAUCCUGCAGCACCCCAUCCUCAAUAUCUGCGAGCACUAUGUGCUCGGCGCGGCGUGGAAGGCUGCCAAAGAUGACAAGCCCGAGGUGCUGCCCUGGGGAGUGCGUGGCCUCACUGGACAGAGCACGCCGACACAGCGUACCGUGUGCUGGUUCAUAGGACUUUGCAUACUCGGCGGCAUGCUUGUGUGGGCUGCGGACGUGUUCACGCGGUUGGUAGAUACGCCUAUCGUGAAGGCGGCCAGGUCUCUAGAGGGAAUGGCGUUUGCUCGUGAUGAUGAAGACGGGGAAGUUCUUCCCAUGAAGAAUUAG